AAGCCACAGCAGCAACCAACACAUGCACUGCUAUCAUUUGUAUCUCAAACCGGCAAAGGGCAAUAGCAUGAUUUGCACAAUCGACAGCAGCAAGUUAUAAGAGCAUGAAGCAGCCAUCAAACCAACAGCAGGACAGGGCCGGCAGAGAAAAGGUAAACCACGGCACCUUAACGAGGGCAAACUAGACAAAGGCACGGUGGCACUCAGACGCCCUGCCGACAUGCCGGCGGCUCUGACUCCCAGCCGGCGGCAUAUGAACGCGGCAGCAGGCGGAGAAAGGGGCGGCGAUCACACGCGCACCAAUCACAACAGCGGCAGCGACUGCGGUACGCAUCAACACGGCGACUGACCGGCACAGGUCCAUGUCCAUGGCACGUAUGAACUCAACAGCAAGACAGCGAGCACAGAGACGGGCGGCAGCACCACAGCGCGAAGGCUGGGGACAAGCGACGCAAGAACAAAACCAUGACCAGCACAGGCACGGCUUGACGGCCGGUCACAAGCACAUUGCAUCAUCACUAUCGGACUCAGGCCAAGGUAGCAAAAGGAGGGGAUGGAGCGGCUGGACAUUCAACUUGAGAGAUGGCGGCGAUGGAGAAGCUCAGGCCGGCCAUGGCGAUCAGCAGUGAUGCCAGUGCGUUGGUGUAGCAGUGAGCCGGACCGGCGGACUCUCGUCAAGUGGCGACGAUGAGGCACCCCAGGCGCUCGGCGAGCUUGCAAACGGGCAGAGUCUCCGGCGUGCGCGGCAUCGGGCUCGUGUGAGAGAAAAGGAGGCGGCGGAGUGGGCAUCGAUGCCCUCGAGGCGAGGCUGGCGGCGCCGCUCGCACGAGAGGGCGAGGGGAGGAAGGGAGAGGAGGCUGGUGCGCUCGGGUCAGCUGGGCUUGCCACAUAGGGGAGAAAGGAGGAGAAGGUGGAGAUGGGCAAGCUCGCCUGGGCCGUAGAGAGGAAGGGACAAUCGGGCCACCAUAGGCCCCGCUUGGUUGGCUUGAUAGGCCAGGCUGGCUUGGGUCGCGAGAGGAAAGAAGAGGUAGCACAGUGGGCCGCGAGAAGAGAAAUAAAGUCCAACUACUCCUUUUCCUAUUUACCUCUCCUGUCCUUUUUUUUUACUCACUAGUUCGAUACAUAUGUUUUGCAGUAGUAACGCGGGAGCGCGCGCUGCCAGCGAGUGGCAGCACGCGAGAAGCGGUCCCACGCGGGGAGCAGAGCGGGCGAGCUGGAUUUCCGGGAGUGAAACGUCAGACGAGCGGAAAAAAACCUUUUUAAGUAGUACAGAUAUGAUAUGCAUAUAUGCAUGCAUAGUUGAAAUACGGUAUGGAGGGGGAACUUAUAGAGGGAGAUGCCAAGGUGGUGUCCCUGAAGGAAAGGGACGUUUAAUUAGUGAUGGCCUGAUGGGAGCUUUUAAUCUUUAUGAUGGACUCUGGAGGUAUGGUAAGAGAUCCGGUUUGGGGACUCUCUUUCACAGUAAUGGUAAUGUCUACCAUGGAACAUGGAGGGAUGACCUCAUUCAUGGAAAGGUAUGGUACUAUUUUCACAGUGGUGACCGUUGGUUUGCGAAUUUCUGGAAAGGGAAGGCUAAUGGCGAGGGUAGAUUUUAUGCCAAGGAUGGGAGUAUCUUCUUUGGCCAUUUCCAAAAUGGAUGGCGCCAUGGGGAGAGUCUGUUGGCAGAUCUGCAUAUUCUUUUGAACAAAAGAGGGACUUAACUUUAAUAUUGAUUUUGGGUACAGGUGGAUUGAAGUUUGGGAUGAACUAACAUGGAGAAAUAGGGUUCGGAUCUAACUACAUUUUCCAGAUGUUGUCGGCAAAACUUUGUUUCCAGAUCUCAGAUGCUGCAAGGCACUCUGUUACGAGCCUCCCCAUUAUACACGAAACCAUUCUAUAUUCAGUCUUGACAGAGGUAAAUAGGUGCCGGUUGGAAGCACUGUUGAAGUGUUGAUGCCUAAUUUUUCAAAGCUGUAGACUGUAGUAAUUUCUGUAUAUACCACUAGAAGUAUGGGAGAAGGUAUGUUAGGUAAA